AUGAUCGUAUCGACUCCAUCUGCCCUGGAAACAGUAGACAAUCAAAGCUUUCGGGAUUUCUUCACAACUUUAGACCCCUCUCUUGAAAUCCCGACCACGUCGGUGAUCCGCUCUCAGUUGCUCAAGACCUACAGCGAAAAGAAACAGGCGCUGAAGUCCAUCUUGAGCAACGCUGAUGACAUGAGUCUGACAUGUGAGUCGUGGUCUUACAGAGCCGAAGACUCCUUCCUGACGGUGAGCUGCCAUUUUGUCGACAAUCUGGGGAAUCUCAAAUCCUACAUGCUCAGUACGGUGUGCCUCUUUGGAGAUGAAUCUGCAGACAACAUUAAAAGUCAUCUGAAGGCCAUCAUGGAAGCUUGGGGUGUGAAAGAGAAGGUCCACAGUGUCGUCAGAGCCAGCCUGCCUCAGCUGAAACGAGUUCCAGUCAAUUGGAUGGUCAUGCCGUGCUUUGCCGACACCUUGAACGUGGUGUUCAAAGCUCUGAUGAGUGAGGAGGAUCUGGAUGGUGUUUUCAGGAAGUGCCAGAACAUCGUCAAGUUCUUUGAGCUGGAUCCUGAAGCCGAGGGGAAGCUCAGAGACAUUGCAGAAGAAGAGCUGAACCUGUACUGUGGGGACAGAUGGCUCCUUUGGUUAGACAUGCUUGAAGGAGUGAUGAAGCAGCGUGAGGCCAUGGUGGUAGUUUUCGCCCAGAAAAAGAAAAUCGAUUUAAUUCUCAACGAAGACGAAACAGUGAAAGUCCAGAAUAUCAUAUCAGCCCUGAUUCCUCUGAAGAGAGCCACGGCCAUGAUGAAGACCGAGGGUUUCCAGUCCAUCUCAGUUGUGCUGCCUGUGCUGAUGAAACUCAUGGAAGGUCCCAGAGAAGAAGAAAGGAAGGGGAACGUUGUUGCCAAGAAGUUACGGUCCAUAUGUAAAGAAGAGUUCGGAGACAUCAGCAAACACGCGAUGGCUGUCUUCACGUUCCUCGACCCGAGAUACAAAGACAAGCUGGGGGAGCAAAACUAA